CAUGUGAGAAAAUCAGCACCAGCGCCAGCGGAGAGAAGUUGGGCUGAGGGAGAGGAGCUACAUAGAGAGGGCAGCUUGCUGGCCGCAUUCCUCUCAAAGGGCGGGAGGAGUCUGCACAGAGGAGCCCGUGGCUACCAUUGUGAGCACUAUCGAGAGGGCUGGGUCGUGUAUCGACAAGAAACUGUCGGUGUUUUAGCGGUUGAGAAAGUAAGAAGCGUGCGAGAUUUUGGGUCUGCACAAUGGCAGCAACUUUCUGCGCCCAGUCAUUGGGGGCGCUGCCGAGUGCUGGCAUAGCGAGCAGCUCGGAAGCUGGGAUGCAGAGGCAGCUGGCAGGAAGCAGGUGUACCUUCCAGGGUAGGUCCACCGACUUCUUCGGAGCGAGCGUUGCGGCCCCGUGCCGAUCGGAGGGCGUUUCAAGAAGGGGCAGCUUGCAGAUUAGCAACGCCCUAACUCGGGAAAAGAAGGAGGCGACCGUUGAGAAAGUGAAGGAGCAACUAGAAAAGUCCACCUUUGUGGCGGGCAUCGCGUACAAGGGCUUUACGGUCAAGCAAAUGGAGGAGUUGCGGCGGAAGAUGCCCCCUUCAGCCACUCUGCUGGUCGCCAAGAACAAGCUGGUGGGCAAGGCGAUUGACGACGGCAACGUCAAGUACGAGUCGCUCAAGCCGCUGCUCAAGGGCAUGAACGUCUGGAUGUUUGUCGAGGGGGACGAGUUUGGGAGCGCGAUCAAGCCCUUCCGGGACAUGCAGAAGGAGUACAAGUUGGAGCAGGACUUCGUCGGCGGUUGCCUCGACGGCAGCUUCGUCGCGCCCGCCGACUUCUCCAGCGUUGAGAAGAUGCCCACGAAGCUCGAGCUCAUUACCAAGAUUGCUAUGCUCAUCAAGGCCGUGCCGACCAAGGUGGCACGGAGCGUCAAUGCGGUUCCUCAAAAACUGGCUUUCUCGACCAAGUUGGUAGCAGAGAAGAUGGAAGAGGAGCAAGGGGGCGCCUCUGCCUCCUCGUAGUCGCACAUAGUGACUGCUACUCGCACAUUAGUAAGGUAUAUCUUCUUGUAAAGGUAAAACUUCGAUUGAAUGACGUAACGGAGGGGGCGGCCUUUUGC